AUGUUCCCAGGCGACGGCUCCCAAGCAUCCACCCCUGCCACGGCGGCCACAGCGGCAACGUCCAUGGUUCCCUCUUCCUCAAGCAUCGCCCGUGUUGCUGUUCGGCUUCCCUCAUUCUUCACCGCCCAUCCUGACCUAUGGUUCAAAAUGGCCGAUAGUCAGUUCGCGCUGGCUGGCAUCACCCAGCAAGCUACGAAGUUUCACCACAUAGUCAGCAACCUACCUCCGGAAAUCGCGGUGGAAGUCACAGAUAUUCUGACGGCACCCCUCACCCCCAACGCCUACGACGACCUUCGGAAGGCCGUCACGGACAGAAUCAUGACGUCGGAGCGCGAGCGCUUGCGCCAGCUGCUAGCAGCCGAAGAACUCGGCGAUCGCAGACCCAGUCAGCUGCUCCGACGUAUGCACAGCCUCCUCGGCUCUCGGCUUCCAGCCUUCGACCGAUCCCUCCUGAAAGAACUUUUCCUGAGGCGGCUCCCUCAGCAGACACAAAUGGUACUCGCGGCACUUCCCGACUCUUCCGCGGAGGCACUCGCUGAAGUCGCCGACCGGGUAAUUGAGGUUUCACGAGGCACAAUUGCCCACGUUCCCACCCCAUCUCCUGCUUUUGAGGUUGUGCCGCCCUCCACUUCUGUCCACGUUCCCCAAGCGACCGAGCGACCCUCCUACCCUGUGCCUCCUUCGCCUGCAGAUCCAGUUGCCCUUCUUCGUUCGGAAGUUCAGGAACUCCGACAGCUUAUUGACGAUCGUCUGGCAUGCAGCGUUUCGCAGCCGUCUUCCUUUCCACAACCUGCAGGACGUCAACCUCGACCCCGCUUACGAAGCCCUCGACCGCGCAGUCCCCGCCCGUCCUCCCCUCGCACGCGUCGCCUUUCAUCACCACCUGCGAGCUGCCCAUAUUGUUUCUACCAUUACAAUUUCGGUGCCUCGGCGCGCAAGUGCACCGCCCCUUGCCAAUGGCCGGGAAACGACAUGGGGCGUCGCUAG